AAAACGGGGAGAGGGAGAGGGGGAAACGGAGAGAGGAAAACGGGAGAGAGGGAGUGAGGAAACGGAGACCGGAGAGAGGGAGAGGAAAUAGGGAGGGGGAAGCAAACAGAAAAACAGCGGAUAGGGAAAGAGGAAAACGGGAGAGACAGGAGAGAGAGGGAGAGGGGAAGCAAGGAGAGGGGAGAGAGGGGACCAGAGGGAAAAUAUGUGGGAAUAAAAGACAAAAAGAAAGAAAGCACUACAGAAGGAACGAGAGAGGAAUAGAGUCCAUUAACGAAAGAAAAACAUAUCACAGAGAGAGAGAGAAAUAUCUCCAAGCAAACGGGGCGAAGUAAGAUCAAAACAACAAAUCAGGCAAUCGGAGUUGGUUAAAACGGGGAACGGGCAUUUUCAGACCCCUGGAGGGUUGAAAACCAGAACGGUGCCGGGGAGAUGGAGAAGUAUGAAAAGUUAGGGAAGAUUGGGGAGGGCUCCUACGGUGUGGUGUUCAGAUGCAGAAACAAAGACACGGGCCAGAUCGUAGCAAUCAAGAAAUUCGUGGAAUCAGAGGACGAUCCCCUUAUAAAGAAGAUUGCCCUGAGGGAGAUCCGUAUGUUGAAGCAACUCAAGCACGUGAACCUGGUCAACCUGUUGGAGGUAUUUCGGAGGAAGCGGAAGUUGCACCUGGUCUUUGAAUACUGUGACCACACGGUCCUGAACGAACUGGACAAGUACCCCAGAGGGGUUGCAGAGGAUCAGGUGAAGAGCAUCAUCCGGCAGACCUUGCAGGCCGUCAGCUUCUGCCACAAGCACAACUGUAUCCACAGAGACGUGAAGCCCGAGAACAUCCUCAUCACCAAGCAGGGCGUCAUCAAGCUCUGCGACUUCGGCUUUGCACGGAUCCUGACUGGACCGGGAGACGACUAUACGGACUACGUGGCGACUCGUUGGUACCGCGCCCCUGAGCUGCUGGUCGGCGACACGCAGUACGGCCCUCCGGUGGACGUCUGGGCGAUAGGCUGCGUCUUCGCCGAGCUCAUCUCGGGCAACCCGCUGUGGCCAGGCCGUUCGGAUGUGGAUCAGCUCUACCUCAUCAGGAAGACACUAGGAGAUCUCAUCCCUCGGCACCAGAAGGUUUUCAGCUCCAACCAGUUCUUCAGUGGAGUCCACAUUCCGGAGCCUGACGUCCUGGAGCCUCUCGAAACGAAGUUCCCGCACAUCUCUGCUCAGGCCCUCCACUUCAUGAAGGGGUGCCUGAUGAUGAACCCAGCAGAGAGGCUGACCUGCGAUCAGCUCCUGCAGCACCCACACUUCGACAGUUACCGGGAGGAGCUGGAGAGCAGCAGGGAGGCGGAGAGGUUCAGGAGGGUGCCACGCCGACGCCCUCAGGGGAUGCAGUACCUGCCCCAGUUAACGAACAGCAACACCUCGCCCGCUCUGGAGAACAAGAAGAGCCAGCGCCACAAGCAGGACCACCACCUGCCCAACAUCUGACUAUAUGGCAGCAAGAGUCACUGGGCCCAGCCGAGCAGCUGCUUGUACAACCGCCCCUUCCCCACCAAGUGGAAAUCCUGACCCCAAAGCCCAGAGAGCUGGUCGUUCAGUUUGGGUCACGUGGGUGGGGAGGGGUGGCUGAGGGGGUGUGGGGUGGCUGGGAUCAGGAACGCAGGAUGUUCUGGUAGGAACAAUAUCUAACUUGCUCUGAGAUGGUCCUCAUCGUUGGAUUGGAGCACUCAUCCACUUGCAGAUAGCAAUAAGUCAUUUCAUGGGACCAUAGUGGAUGUUCUAGCCCAUCCAACCCUCUGAGGGCCAAGAAACCGUGUGUAUGAAGCUACUGGGACAGUACAGGCAUGUUGCUCCCAUAUUUGCAGCACCUUUUAAGUCUGGAAGUUCUUUUCUGUAGGCCGGUAGAUCAUGUGUGACCGUUCUAAUCAGAAGACAUGUAAUCUCCAGAAGAUGAUGAAGGGAAAACUUCAGAAACAUUGGGCUAAUGGGUGGCCAGAGCUCACAUAUCCCAGUGGGUGAAUGGAAAUAGUUAGAAAUUGAUUCCUGGGCAAGGUUGGGAGAAGCACAACUAAAACAUGGGCGGCACGGUAGUGUCGUGGUGAGCACAACUCUUUACCGGCGACCCAGGGUUCAAUUCCCGCUGCUGCCUGUAAGGAGUUUGUACGUUCUCCCUGUGACCGUGUGGGUUUCCUCCAGGUGCUCCCUUUCCUCCCCCAGUCCAAAGGCAUCCAUGGAUCUGUGCCUGGAAAGUCUUCACUCUUCAGGGCGCAGGCCUGGGCAAGGUUGUAUGGAAGACCGGCAGUUGCCCAUGCUGCAAGUCUCCCCUCUCCACGACACCAAUGUUGUCCAAGGGAAGGGCAUUAGGACUCAUACAGCUUGGCACCAGUGUCGUCGCAGAGCAAUGUGUGAUUAAGUGCCUUGCUCAAGGACACAACAUGUUGCCUCGGCUGGGGCUCGAACUCACAACCUUCAGGUUGCUAGUCCAAUGCCUCAACCACUUGGCCACGUGCCUACCACAGUCCAAAGACCUACUGGUUAAUUGGUCAUUGUAAAUUGUCCCGUGAUUAGGCUAGGAUUAAAUUGGGGGUUGCUGGGCGGCGUGGUUUGAAGAGCCGGAAGGGCUGUAUCUCAGUCAAAUCAAUCAAUAAAUAAAUUUUCUGACUGCUUUACUGGUGUAAGGUAAGAAGCGUGGGGUGUGACCAUAAGACUAAGGAGCUGAAUUAGGCCUUUCAGCCCGUCGAGUCUGCUCCCCCAUUCCACCGCGCCUGAUUCCUCACCUCCCCCCAACACCAUUCUCCCACCUUCUCCCCGCAACCUUUCGACAUCCGAUAGCCCCGUCCUGUCAGUGACGAAUCCUGGUGUGUGGGCCCCGAGUAGCCACCACCCACAGCGCCCACCCCACUCACCCUUCUCCCCCCACCGUAAGAGCUAGCUAGAUGAUGUGUCUUCAACGCCCCCUGAGUCAGGCUGAGCAAAACGAUUCCAGCCUUCAUUUUAAACGUGAAAUAAACUUGUUCAUCUCAGCGGACGGUUGUAAGCCUCGUGGACAGGGAUCCCCCACUGGAAUUCAGGGCUUUUUUUUUACGUGCGCUAGUUCUGCUUUUACUAAGUCAUUGUUUGGGGAUCUGCGCAUCUCUGGACAGGCAGGCAGUUGUUGACCUCCAGCUCUGUGGCUCAAUAGCUGCUUUAUUCUUUAUUCUUUGGAACAUAGAAAAUUGAGGGGACAUUUGAUAGAGGUAUACAAAAUUAUGAGGGGUACAGAUAGGGUAAAUGCAAGCAGAUUUUAGCAAAUGAGAUUGGGUGGGACUACGACCAGAGGUC